UUCAGUAUCUACCCAAGAUUACGCUUCCUGUAGUCCGUUCGUUAGCCAGUUAGUCAGUUACUCCUGUACUCUGUAGUUGGGGAUUUAGCAGCGGUCAAUUCAGUUCCGACCUGCAGCUCGGAUCAUGACGUAUGGGGAUGGCGGGGAACGGAACCGGCCAUCAAUUGCUUGCUUGGGGAAAUGAAACAACGACAACGACAACAACAACAUCAUCAUCAUCAUUAUUAUCCUCCCCCACCACCGACCACCAUCACCAUCAUAUCCACCCUCAUAUCCACUAUUCACGAUCCACGCGAUUCAUGAUGCAUACGAAUCCACCAUCCAUCCGGACCGGAGGAGUAGGACCAAACCAUCACGGUGAUUCAACCGGUUUCCCUGAACUUGGUCGGCUUUCCCUCCCCUUCUUUCCCACUGGUUCGACCUGCCCAGUCGCCGUCCUCCUGAUCCCCCGUCUGGCGCUAUAAUCCCCACCCGUUAUAUGCUUUCUUUUCCCUUCCACCUCUCCAUCCGCCACUCCUGGAACGCCUUGGGCCCCGUCCCUCCCGCGACCCUUUCUCUGCCUCUCUCUCCCCUUCUGCGUCCUUCUAUCUCGACCCGUGCAUGAGGGAUUGGUUGUUUAUAAGCCAACCCUGCCGACGGAUUCCCGACCAGCUGAUGACUGGCUUGCCCGCUUGCAUACCGGCUUGAUUGCGCAAUUGGGGUGAUUGGUUACUAUUCCGG